AUGGACCUGCUCAGAGGCGCGAAGGAGGGCUUGGGAAGUGUUGCAGGUGGUGCAGCAGCAGCUGCUGCACCAGGAGGUGCUGCAGGAAGAGGAGGAGCAGAAGCAGCAGCAGCAGCAGCAGCAGAAGCAGCAGCAACAGAAGCAGCAGCAGGAGCUGUUUCUGUUUAUAUUCCUGAUGAGGCUUUGAAGGCGCUACCUUUGGUUGUGCGCUGGCGUGUCCCUCUCAACAGCCACGUAGCAGCAGGGCAGGUGAUGGCUCAUCUAUCUCCUGCUGCUGCUGCUGCUGCUCCUGCUGCUGCUCCUGCGGCUGCUGGUGCUGCUGCUGCUGUUGAUGCUGUUGCUGCUGCUGAAGAUGCGGCCAAGGCAGAAGAAACAGCAGCAGCAGCAGCAGCAGAAACAGCAAAUCAAGAAGCAGCAGCAGACGCUAAAGGUGGAGGAGCAGCAGAAGCAGCAACGGGAAGCACAACAGCAGCAGCAACAGCAGCAGCAGCAGCAACAGCAGCAGCAGCAGCAGAAAGGGCCUCAUCAGAGUUUGUUGUUCGCUCCCCAGUCUCAGGGACCCUUUGCAGUAUUAAUCUGCAAACAAAUGAAACGGCUGAGGAGCUGGAGAGAGAGAGGAUUCUUUCGCUUCUCAACAGAAGAAAACUUUGCUUGGUGUUGGAUUUAGACAACACUCUGCUGCACGCGACUUCGCUGCCGCCUCCAGUCGACUGUCUGCCGACUAUCGUCUUAGAUGACUUCGCCCCUAAGAAACGCAGCACGCAGCAGCAGCAGCAGCAGCACCAGCAAGAGCAGCAGCAGCAGCAGCAGCAGCAGCAGCAGACAGCGGCGACAAGUGCGGAGGCACCCUCAGCAGAUGGGUCUGCUGCAGCAGACGCAGCAGGAGAAGCAGCAGGAGAAGCAGCAGCAGGAACAACUGCAUGUGACAACACAAACCCGGAGCUAGGCGAACCAAGUGCAGCAGCAGCAACAGCAGCAGCAGCAGCAGCAGCUGAGGUGGAUACGGCCUGCAGCCCAGAAGGCAGCAGCAGCGACCAGACCAGCACCUGCAGCAGCGACAGCAACAACGGCAGCAGCAGCAACAGCAACAAGAACAGCAGCAGCAACUCCACGAGCAGCAUCAACAGCAGCAGCAACAGCAGCAGCAGCAGCAGCAGCAACAGCAGCAGCACGAACUUUGCUCGCUUCUCUGCCCCAGAGCCGGAGACCUGGGAGGAGGUUUGCUUCCCCGCUUCAAGCAGCAGCAGCAGCAGCAGCAGCAGCAGCAGCCACAACAGCAGCAGCAGCAGCAGCAGGCGCGGGGUGUAUCCGCACUACAGAACAGAUGCAGAGGCCCUUGCUAUUGUUGCGAAGCUGGAACAGUCUCUCAUUUGCUGCCGCGUUGCUGCAGAUGCUUCUGAUGCAUACGGAGGAGCCUGUCAUUCCAGCACUAUGAAACUCCGCCCAGGGGUUAUUUCAUUCUUGAGAGAGAUGUCGCGUUACUUCGAGUUAUUUUUGUUUACUAUGGGCACUGCGACGCAUGCAAAGACCGUCCGCUCCUAA